ACAGAAAACGCUGUACCACUGCUGGAAGUGGGUUCGCAUCCGCGACCGCGAACUAUCGAGGACAAUAACGGCGAUGGUGGAUACUGGAUAUUGGUGGAUACUGAUUUAAGUAGCUGUUACGAGGGAUAUAUUAUGUUAGUCGUGGCCAUGAAAAGAUUAUGCAGAGUCGGAUUGGCCGCAGCCCUCGUUACUGCCUUUUUUGUUCUUACGCUGGUGGAUAUGCCGCAGCAGAUUGCGGACUUACCUGCGGAUCUAUCUCCUACGCCAGCUGCGGCUAGCGAGCCACCAGGUACGCGGAGCAUAGUCGCGUAUUCUUGGGCGCGAAGAUUGGCGCUGGAUUAUAGGCCGUCACGUGAAUGCAGCAGAGCCUCCAGCAACGAGACAUUAUCGAGCAGUUGGUCCUCAGAUGCCGAGAGAACCUGGCUUGAGUCUAUUCCCGGGCAGUUGUUUCUCUACACCGGUCACUUAGAUAUUAGAGUACUUGGGUAUCCGAGUGUACGAGUGAUUGGCGUUAAACGAGAGCCGACUGGGUCUAGCAUUCUCUACUGCACUAUUUGGCAAGAAGACGAAGAAGGAAUCCAUUCCUACAGCAUGGAAGCCUUGGUAUCAGACAUCUGGCUGGACGAGUGGGGUGGAACAUCGACAGACUACACCGGCAUACUGAUAACCUGUCCUCUUCCGCAAUACGUGACCCCGCCUCGGAGAGUGUACGUGGGGCCUCACGAGUGCUACCAAAACCCUAGUCAUAGUUUAAUUGUGAAAAACGUUGUUAAUAAAACAGUGAUACCUAAAACAGAGUUCACCUUGUGCAUAAAGGGCCUGGACUUUGACGAAGACAUAAGCCACCGGCUGAUCGCGUUCUUCGAGCUUUCCCGCAUCUUGGGCGCGGGUAUGUUCUACGUCUACGUCUUCAACGUCCACGAGAACGUCACCAAAGUGUUAAAGCUCUACGAGAAAUCGAACGUCGUGAGAUGGUUCCGGCUGAAUCUGCCUGGCGAUCUUCCGAACGACGUAAAGGCAAGACGACGGCUGUUCAGCAAGGAUAUCUGGAUGAAGAGACGCAUGGAGCUGAUCCCCUACAACCACUGCUUUUACGAGAACCUCUACAGCUCGGAGUUCGUGGUCCCGAUCGACAUCGACGAGAUGAUUAUCCCCAUAAACGUGAGAACCUGGUCAGAAUUGAUGGCCCUCGAAAAGAGCAAGGGGAAUUCGUUCUACGAUUACGCUUCCUAUGCUGUGAGAAAUGUAUAUUUUUUCCCCGAGCUCCAGAGACUAGCCAGUAUAAAUAAUAAUGAUAAAAAUAAUAAUAAUGAUGAUAAUGAUAACGGCAGUAGAAUAAAUAAAAAUAAUGGUAAAAAAAUAAGUACCGUUGACAAUGACUCACGUUUGCUCAAUUAUUUUCAUACACUGAGAACAUCAAUUGUGUCUCCGGAAGGCGACUCGGUCAAGAGUUUUGUGUCUACCGAGCGUGCACUUACCAUUCACAAUCACUAUGCCUUAACGACACUAAAUCCAACUUCAAGACGUGUCUACCAUUUAGAUCCUCGGCAAGUCCUCAAGCAUCAUCACAGGCGUUGCGACAAUGACCGCUUAGAUUGCGGUCUUCUCAUGAGAGAUCUCACUAUUGAUCAAUCCGCGAGAAAGUACUUGCCUGAAUUCAAGUCCAGAGUCAAAUUUACCUUGAGUUAUCUCAAUGCUUCCAUGUAG